UUAGUUUUGUGGUUCCUAAGUUGCUAAACUCGCUUUCUCUCCUGGGGGAUAUGCUAUGCAUAGUGUCUUCAUUUGUACAACUCUAGUCAUCAGUGUUUCAUCAGUUUUCAGCCAGCAACCGUUUGUGCGUUACUCAGAAAGCUUAAAAAAGGUAGUUCCUCAUCACUACAGCCAUGACAAAGAAAACCCUCACAGGAGUAUGGACAAGGUCGCGCGGGGGCAUAAAGUAGAACCCCGCCAACCACGUCUGAGGCCCCAACCAGAGGUUCCAUGGCUACAGUGGGUUCACAAGGGGCGCUGGGCUGCUCAAGCGGACCGGAACUCAGAACUACACAAGGUUCGAGCCCGGCUUUUAGAGGAGAAACUAAAACCAAACCAGCUUGUAUUCAAACCACACAUAAACCCUCAGUUGAAACCUAAACUAAGACCAAUAGAAAACACAAGAACAAAACGAGAAGCGGAAUAUGAUGAAAUGGAACAUAAAGUAAAAGCCAGAGACAAAAGGGAUGUAGUAAUGCAUCAAUCAUACCCUGAAAUAAACCGGCCACCACUAAUGGAUACCAAAACAUCACAGCAUACAGAACAGAACCCGCUGAAAAAACUCAACUUCCAUUUUUACAACCCCUCCAUUUAUUACCCAGAAGCGAUUGAAGCGUUAGCAAACUUAAGCAAUCCAUUCGGAGGAAGGGUAAAAGAGUCAGAGAAGCGAGAUAAAAGGCAGAUUCUGUAUUUUAUAAACCGACCAUUCCAACUGAUGGCACGUAGCCCGCGGACCACACCUAAUCCCUUCAUACGAGACACGCACAUAGAGGAGUAUGACAUUAUACGACCCGAGGUGGGGGAGAGAGAAGGGAUGAUCCCGACGAUAGAGACGGGCAGUUCCGACCCGGGCAGCUAUCCCCUUGUGAGUGAAACAUCUGACCUAGAAUAUGAGUCUGAUUACACAAUAUCAAUGUCCGAUUCAGAGGAGUGGCACAACUACCCUUUAACAACUCCAUCAGGACCAAACCCAGGAUGGCAACUAUCUACCCUAGCAGACAUAUAUCAGAAACAGAGAAAACCCCAAAACCAGGUAUUGAAACCAGAGAGAAAAAGUGAUAUGAAAACAAUUCUUCACGUCUGGCCUUUAAAUGAAAACAAGCCACACAUCCGAGCCAAACGCUCACCAAAAGAGCGGAAACGUAAAAUAGGAGCUUACAAAGAAAAAAUAAAGCAAAGGAGGAAAUUGAAGGACCUGCGGAGAAAAAGACGAAUAAUUCGAAAUAGCAAGGAAGACAAAGCAGUGAAAGAGGUUGUUAAGGAUGAAAAAGAAAUUGAGAGGCUACUUCAAAAACCAAGAGCAUUUCCACGACAGACAGCUUAUCAGAUGGAAGAUACAUCAAAAGAAAUAUUAUGGACUAAUGGAACUCACAAUAUAGUGGAGGAUAAAGAAGCUACUGUUAAAUGGAUCAAUGAGACACACUAUGUCAUAUACAGAGAACAGGACAAUUCUACUGAUGAGUGGUAUCAUAAACAUCAUGUCCUCCUCUACAAUGAUGAAUGGGAGAACAAAACCAGCGAAGAAAGGCGAAACAUGACAAUAGGCUUGCAGGAGGAGGAGGUAGAAGAAGUUAAAGAAAAAGAUGAGAAAACAAAAGUCAAGACGGCAGUCAAGAAAAAACCAGAGAAAAGGAAAGGUAGAAAGGGUGUUGAUAAAAAGGCACCAAAACCGAAGAAAAAAUCUAAGAAGUCAAAGAAAAUCAUGACUGUUAAAAAUAUACAUGAAGCACCAAAGGAUCCCAGAAGAGAUCCUAGGGAAAAGAAAAUAGUUAAAGACACUUCAAGCAGUGAGGAGAUUGUAAAAAAGAAAAAGAAGAGGACUAAAUUGGAAGAUGAAAGUGAUCAAUCCAAAUCUAAAGAGAGGAAAAAGAAGAAAGUUAAAACUGGUAAAACAACUGAUGUCGAAGAUGAUUCUGGAAAAAAGAAAAAGAGAAAAAAAGCUAAAUCAGAAUCAGAUGAGAAAGAUGCCUCAGAAAAGAAACUUAAAAAGAAAAAGAAAGAAAAAACAAAGGACUCAACCGAGAAAAAGGCUGAUAAAAAAAUAAGAAAGAAAGAAAAAACAAAAGACUCUGCAGAAAAAAAGUCUGAUAAAAAAACAAAACUUGUGAAAGAAAAGAAAAUAGACAAGGAAAAAAAGAAGAAACCCGAAAAAACUAACGAUUUGAAUGAGGAUGAGGGUGUAAAGAAAAAGAAGAAAGACAAAAAGGACAAAGAUAUAACCGGGGCGAAGGAAGAUAAGGAUGAGACACGGAGAAAGCGCAGUAUUUAUCGCUCAUCUGAAUCUGAAACAGUUGAAAUUAAAUGGGAGAAAGUUCAUAAAAAGAAUGACUAUGACGGAUGGCAGGUUUUUGGGGAGGAUGACAAGUCAGAGGUCUACGACGUCAGUUAUGAACUCAUCGAGACUAAGAACAUCACCAAAACACAUUGAAAUUAUUAAAUUCCUCACUCGUUAUAUCAACAGUCUUAUAACGUGUUUAUCAAUUUAAAGUUUGAUAAUAAUGCUUUAACCACUUUUUGUUUUUUUUUUUGUAUUUUUAAGUAGAUAAAUGUUUUGGAUCUGGUAUUUUUAAAUCAUAGGGAAAAUAUUAUUUUUUUUAAUACCGGAAACAACCUUUAUAAAUUUUCCUUGACACAAUCAAAAAACCAUUUUGCCUAAUUCAAAUAAUUGUUAUUUUAUGAAAAAAUAAGAAAAUGAUCCCUAAGAGACCUCUACAUAUCAAAUACAGAUUGAAUAAAACUUGAGAAAAUAAGAAGUUAAAAUAAAUCAAAGACAGAUUAAAUACAACUUGAGAUAAUAAGAAGUUAAAAUUAAUAGCUGCUAACUAUAAGUUAGGAUAACCUGAAAACAUAAUAAAACUAAAUGAUGUAAACUGCUUUGAUAGCCAACCACCUGGUAUUAACUUAAUUAUAAUCAUAAAACAAAAACACGAUAAAUUGCAAAAAUACUUAAGUCACUUCUGCAUUUAAAACUUGUUAAAUAGCUCAAUUAUUUGGCAAAUCUUUUCAUAUUAUAGGCUAAGUAAAUAAAAUUUUAAAAAAACCCUGUCUACAACGUUAUUUAAAUUAUUUUAUUAAUUAAAAUAUUUGUUUACAAUUUUCUGGU